CUCUAACAAAAAAAAAAAAAAAUAAAUAAAUAAAUGGUGAAAGCAUAUCUUCGUUAUGAGCCAUUAGCCACCUUUGGUGUAAUUGCAUCAUCAUCAUCUAAUAUUAUUUAUGAUCAUACUGGCAAAUUAGCUGUUGCUCCUUCACUUGAGGAAGUUAUUCUUUGGGAUCUUAAAAAAGGUGUUGAGGUUGGCAAAUGGCGAGAAUUUGGAAAUAAGUCAGAGGUAACAUGUAUUGCUAAAAGUCCAAAUAACAAGGAUUAUGCUAUUGGCUAUGCUGAUGGUUCAAUUCGCUUGUGGAAUACAAAUUCAUCAACUUCUUCAGUUACUUUAAGUGGUCAUCGAGCUGCAGUAACUGCCUUGGCAUUUGACAGCAACGGUACCCGACUUGCUUCUGGAUCUCGAGAUACCGAUCUGAUUAUAUGGGACAUCAUUUCAGAAUCAGGUUUAUAUAGAUUAAAAGGACAUAAAGAUCAAAUUACGUGUUUAGCCUUUUUAGAUCCUAAAAAAGUUGACAUGGAAGACAAUGAAGUCGGUGUUUCUAGUGAAGGUUAUGUUUUAUCUUCUUCUAAAGAUACAUUGAUCAAAUUAUGGGAUUUAUCUGCACAAUUUUGUCGUGAGACGAUCGUUAGUCAUCGAAGUGAAGUUUGGUCUUUUGCAGUAUCUAAUGACCAGAAAAUGAUUAUUUCAGGUGGUGCUGAGCCUCAUUUAAAGGCAUGGAAAAUCGAUUGGAAGAUUUUAGGUUUACCAUUAGAAGCACUUGGAGAACAAGAAAAGACAGAUCAUCAAAUGGAGAUUGAUUCGACUAAACCAGCUACAUUACAAAAGGCUAUUAAUAUAUAUGGUCAGAUUCCCCGUCAAUCACGAGAUCGCGUCGUGACAAUUCAAUUUCAUCCAUCUGGAAAAUAUGUAGGUGCACAAGCCAAUGAUAGAUCAAUUGAAAUAUAUAAAGUGCGUGAUCAUGAGCAGAUUCGUAAGAAAAUUCAACGUAGAAAGAAGAGAGCAAGAGAGAAGGGAAAGGAUGAAUCGGAAGUGAGUAAUGAAAUUCAAGCAGAAGAUGAAUUUACAACUGAAACUGUAGUACGUACACCCGCUAAAGUGCGUAGUUUUGAUUUUGCACCUGUUACGACGGAUGUGGAAAAGGCAGGAGAGAUUCAAUUUGUCGCAUCACUUAGUAAUAAUACGAUUGAAGCAUAUACAAUACCUGUGACAAAGGACAAAAAAGAUGAAAUUGUAGAACCAUCACGUCUGUAUUCAAUUGAUGUACCUGGACAUCGUUCUGAUAUUCGUACUUUAGCACUUAGUUCUGAUGAUGAAUUAUUAGCUUCAGCAUCAAGUAAUUUAUUAAAAGUAUGGAACAUGAAGACAAGAUCUUGUAUUCGUACUAUUGAAUGCGGCUUCGCACUUUGUAGCUCAUUCUUGCCCGGUAACAAACAUAUUUUGGUUGGUACAAAGACGGGUGAGUUAGAAUUAUACGACAUUGGUUCUUCAUCGUUAGUAGAGUCUGUUAAGGCACAUGAUGGUGCUAUCUAUUCUCUUCAAGUUCGUCCAGACAAACGUGGGUUUGUUACGGGUAGUGCAGAUAAAGAUGUCAAGUUCUGGGAUUUUGAUAUGAAACAAGACAAAAAUAAUGUAGCAAAGCGCUUAACCUUUAUUCAUAUGAGAACAUUAAAGAUGUCAGACGAGGUACUUUGUGUUCGAUAUAGCCCUAAUCAAAACCUGUUGGCGGUUUCCCUUUUGGAUUCUACAGUGAAGGUCUUUUAUCACGAUACACUUAAAUUCUUUUUAUCUUUGUACGGACAUAAAUUGCCAGUAUUAUCGAUGGAUAUCUCUUCUGAUAAUACAUUAAUUGCUACUUGUUCUGCCGAUAAAAAUGUGAAACUAUGGGGUCUUGACUUUGGUGACUGUCAUAAGUCAUUGUUUGCACAUCAAGAAAGCGUCAUGUCUAUUCAAUUUGUUUGGGGCACACAUUACUUCUUUACUGUCAGUAAAGAUAAGACAGUCAAAUAUUGGGAUGGUGAUAAGUUUGAAAAUAUUAUGAAAUUGGAAGGACAUCACGGUGAAGUAUGGGCACUUGCUGUCUCAAAGCAUGGUUCCUUUGUUGUGACAGGCUCACACGAUCGUUCGAUGCGUAUUUGGGAAAAAACCGAUGAACAGUUAUUCCUUGAAGAAGAAAGAGAAAAAGAACUUGAAGAAUUAUAUGAGAAUACGUUGAUAAGUCAAAUGGAAAAAACCAAUAUGGAUGGAGAUGAUAUGGAAGUUGAUUCCGCUGGUAAACAAACGAUGGAAUCCUUAAAAGCUGGCGAAAGAUUGAUGGAAGCGAUGGAAAUUGGAGAUGAAGAAAAGAAUGGAUGGCUUGCCUAUGAGGCAGCUAAAGCACGUGGAUUAGAUGCACAACCACCUCAACGAAAUGCUAUUUUGAUGGCUAUGGGAGAUAUUGAACCUGAUCGAUAUGUCUUGGAUGUUCUCAAGAAGAUUAAGGCAAAUGAUCUUGAAGAAGCACUUAUGAUUUUACCCUUUUCUAAAGUGAUUUCAUUAUUUUCAUAUAUUGAAAGCUGGGCAAAAAAGAAUUGGAGUAUUGUCUUGGUUUCACGUGUAUUAUUUUCAGUUGUAAAAACACAUCAUAAUCAAAUUGUAGCAAACCGAAUGAUGCGACCUAUGCUUGAUUCUAUUCGUUUCCAUCUUCGUACUCAAUUACAACGUCAAAAAGAUAUCAUGGGCUAUAAUAGAGCAGCAUUAACAUAUCUUCAACGUGAUUAUAAAGCAAGGAACACCUCUAACUUCCUUGAUGAAAAUGUUGAUAAGCCUGUUGAUGACGAAAAGAAACGUAAAUUCGUUCAACUAGCGAGUUAAGAAAAAAAAAAAGAACCUGCCUGUAAUAAUAAAAGUAGACAUUUAUUUAAUUUAUAGACUAUUAUAGAUUUAUUUUAUUAUUAAUAAUUAGCUGUA